AUGAAAGGCAUUUUUGGGGAUGUGUUUCAUCGCCUGCCGUUGUCUACUACAGAUAGCACGAAGUGGAAAGCUGUCCUCAAGUAUUUGGAUGGAUGUCCUGAAAAACCUCGCCCAAACCAUGGCAGCUCCAGCUCUCAGGACAUUGAGUGGGCUAGUGGUGAUUUGUGCGCUGGUAGCCCGUCGCAUGAGCAGAAACCGGCACCACAUGUUGACACCAAUAGUCGAGAUGCAUUGCGUCGUCUAGCGGAAGCUUCGCCUGAACAGAUCGUGGAAAAAUCAAGUGAGGUUCAGGAGGACUAUGUGGACUGGGUGAAAAGGAAGGUUGACGUCGACACUUCGAACAUCAACUUCUCGAACUUUGAGUUGGAAACCAGGGUCCAUAAGUUCUCGCGCAAGUGUCCCGCGUCGAAAGCUUUGAGUACUUUGACUCCUUUGCAAGCUAUGAGUGACCUGUACAACGACAUCUACCGCAUCUACCUCCGUAAACUUGAGCGCCAAAUCUCGAGCCUCACCUCCAGAUCAAAAGAGGCUACUGCUUUGAAGAAGUUGUGUGAGGCUCUAAACAUUGAGCGGGACGAUUCCUUACCUCAGCUACUUGCCCGAUUGCGUGCGAUUGAUAUCAUGAAGAAGCCUCUGUGA